AUAAACGAGAGAGAGUGACAAAACUGUGACAUUAUUCAUGAAACAUAGUCUAAAUGUGCCAUUUGAAUCAUUCAAACACUUGGUGGCGUUAACGCGCCAUUAAUUAUUUGGUCAAACAAGAAGAAGAAUCGACCAGCAGCAGACCUCUUCCACCGCGCGCAUCUUCAAGCAGGCUGUUGUCGAGCACAUCAAAACACACGGCACGAGCCAGUAUGUUACCAAGUAAGCGCCUCGCCAUUUUCAAGUUUUAGAUGCCAGUAUAAACAGUUCUUAACAUGUCAAAUCCCGUGAACUGUGAACCGUCAGAGGAGCAGCCUGUGGCUGACAGCGAGUAUGAGGCAGAGGGCUUGGAGUCGUCAGUUCAUUCAUUGUCCAUAAGAGUAGAAUAUCAUCGGUCAUUUGAGUAUUGUCUGAAGUGGAAAAGAUCCAUGUAUCCCCGACGCUCCUCCAGCCGAUCGAAGGCCUCCAAGAGGAGCCCCCAGAGAAGUCCCAGCCCAACUGAAGAAGUUAUCCAGCGCAGGCUGAAGGGUAAGAGACAGAGGACAGGGAUGAAAAAGACCAAAACUGAUGAGUGGAGGGACCGCGACAUCAUCGACGUCAUCAACAGCACACGUGAUGCAAAAGGUGUCGCCGAGGAGGAUGAAGGAAAGUUUGUAGAGAUGACGGAUAAAGUGGACGAGUUGGAUGAAGACUGCGUCUCUGUCACCAGCAGCAUAGAUUCUGGUCCUUCCCUCCAACAUAACGCCUCUUCCAAGAAACUGUCGCCCUCACAGGGCUUGUGCUCAGCCUGUAGGACUCUCUACCAGAAGGCAAAGAAGAUGAAAACACAAAUGAAAGACAAACGCUUAGACAAUGAUCCCAAGUCCCUGACAUGUGACCAGUGGGUCCUGAUCAAGAGCUGGAGACCGAGGAGGCUGCCUAAUAUAAAAGGGAAGCUUUUGAUCGAUGUACAGCUGCUUAAGAAAAGGCUUAAGGUCAAGAAUGGUGCAAAGCGAUUUGCGCAAUGUGUGAGAGAGGGAGAAUCAUCAGCCUGCUCCAGGCCGCACUCUUUCCUUGAGAGGAACCUUAGACGCCAUGUCACAGGGCCAGUGAAAAGGGAGAUGAAGAACAGGAGGAAGAGGACAAGAGAUGGAUCUCAGGGUCCUCGCGUCGCUAAGCAGCAGCGUCUCCACAGCAACAAUCGCCUCCAAAACAUCAGUAUUAGCAGCAUCGAUGAGAGCGGCCUUCCCUCGCCCAGCUGUCCCAGUAGCAGUCCUGGUUUUGAGGAUCAGCAAGAUGAAGAAGAUGACAUACAUCUGACUGAGUUGAUCCCCACCACAGUCUCCCUGGAAAUCACGAAGCCAAGAAAACUCCGACCCAAUCAGAAAGCACCACAGAAGACGGGAGGAUUCAGAGACUUGCUUGCCCAGCUGCGUGGAAACAGCAGCAUGAUCGUGAAAGAAACACGUUUGCGAGGCGACUGCGUUUAACAGCUGCGGUAUUCAGAGAAGUCUUCCAGCUCUGCUUUUACUUGUGAUGUUUGUUGUUUAGUCUGCUUAUUAUUCUGUUCUGAAUUCCAGACUAAAUACUUGUUCCUGUUGAAUUUAUUGGAAAAGUUUUGCUGCAGUUACACAUACUUGUUGUUUUGUUUUUUUUCUUGAAUUUCAAAAUAGCAUUUUAUUUAUCAGUACAACUGUGAAUAAAUGAGUGUUUUACUUUAAUGCUGCUUUAACUGUACCCCUAUGAUGGAUAGAUGUAAUAUUUCCAUCACAUGUAGACCUACAUGAGCACUUUCAGUAAGACGAUCACAUACUAAUUCAAUGCAGCUUUUGAGUGUGUGGUGGCUUCACUGAAAAGUGAAAAAAUAAAGUAGUCUAAAAAAAAA